UUCCAGUUUCCACUCUCCAGUACUGGCCGCCGUCGACAACGUCUCAGUCAGCUGCCGUGCGAGCAGCAGUCGUUGCUACUCUCGUUAUUCGGUGCCGCUGACACACACGCGCAAUCGUUAUCAACGCCCGGUCCGGUGUAUGAGUUGGUGUGUGUGUUGUGUGUGAUUGAUUGUGUGUAGUAAGAGCGCGCGCGUUUGAUUCUUAAUGUAUGAUUUUUGAUUUAUCAUUUAAUUUUUUUCCAUUCGAAAAAUUUUUUUCUUCAUUUUUGUAUUAGCGGAUUGUCUAGAUAAAAUAUAUUUGUUUUUAAUAAUUUCCUACUGACAACGAAUAUGUUCGUUUACUUACGUUUAUUAACAUCUAAUAGUUAACAUUGGUUGACUAGUCGUGUAAUAAUUAAAUAUACUUAAUCUGAAUAACUUGUUUAUUUUCUUACGAAAUUAUGUGUAACCAAAAAAGUACGUUGGUGUAUAUUACACUAGUUUUAUUAGUGCUGUGCGAAUUUAGUUUAUCAACAUCCCCAAACCAUGUUCUGACCGUGGAUUCCGUUCAUAUUGUGAAUCACACCAAGUUUUAUGAUAACCAGGCAAUUUAUGUUAAAGUUAUGAUUGCUAUAACAGGCCACGAGUUCCAGGAGGGCAUACAAUUUAGACCUACAUCACGAGUGGCAUUAAGGGGUUCAGAAUGUUAUAAAAACCACCCAAUGAAGAACAUUGAUUCUGAUAAACAUGUAUUUGAAAAGGUAUGGGGUAAUGAUACAUAUGCCUUGAUGAAUAUCGUGUUAAAGUUUGAUGAAGACCUUAUCACUCGGAGUCUUUACAUGUGUGUAAAUAUACCACGAAAACCAUAUAGUGGUUUUGUAUCAUCACUAUGGAGUGCAUUAGCUAACAAUGAAGAUACAUCUGGUAAAUGGGUUAAUCAAGGCGACUCUGUUGCAAUUCGAUGGUCCGAUGAUCCGACCAUAAUAAGCACUGAUACACCAAAGGAUAAUGUUCAAAGUCGAAAACGACGACAAGAUAGCCGUACCAGUUUACUGAAGGGGGUCACUUCAUUGAGUACGGCCUAUUUAUCUACAGUAAAUUUGUUUGGUCUUCGAAUGGAACAUUCAGAUGCCGCAGUAGACUACGAUGAAUUUGGUGUACCGCAGUUGUUGGUUCAAAGAAAUACUUCGUUUCGAUUAUUUGGGAGUGGUUGGACAGAACAUACUUUAUUUGUACUCACAGAGAAAAGUGGCGAAAGGGGGACACCUUGUGAAUUCCCUGUUGGUGAAAUUCAAAAGGUUGAUUUGCUCCAGAAUGAUCAAAACACCGUAAAAUUAACAAUCAUCUUGCCACAAGCUAGCAAAUCAGGAACGACAUUCUAUUUUUGUUCUAAAGAAGACGAUAAGGCGGGUGCUAUAUGGACCCACAUGGGUAGCGAAUACUAUAAACAAAUGGGCGUGUACGAGAAAAUGUUGCCGUUUUGGCUCCAAGUUGCUAUUAUUCUUACUUGUCUGUCUUUCUCAUCAUUAUUUUCUGGUCUAAAUUUGGGUCUUAUGUCUCUGAACCGAAUGGAUCUUAAAAUUAUUUGCAAUACUGGUACCGAUUCGGAGCGAAAAUAUGCCAAAGCUAUACUUCCAGUCCGUAUACACGGUAACUAUUUACUGUGUAGUAUUCUUUUGGGUAACGUUAUGGUUAACUCAAUAUUUACCAUCCUUCUUGAUGAUCUUACUUCUGGUCUCGUGGCUGUUAUUACGUCAACUUUAGCUAUUGUCAUUUUUGGUGAGAUUACCCCUCAAGCUGUCUGUUCUCGACAUGGUUUGGCUAUAGGUGCUAAAACUAUAUACAUUACAAAAACCGUAAUGGUCCUUACUACUCCACUUUCUUGGCCAAUAAGUAAAGCUCUGGAUUGGGCUUUAGGAGAAGAAAUCGGAAGCACUUACAAUAGAGAACGACUUAAGGAAUUGGUUAAGAUGACUGGCGAUGAAUACAACGAUUUGGAAAAAGACGAAGUGAAUAUUAUCUCUGGUGCCUUAGAGUUACAUCGCAAAAAAGUUGGUGACGUUAUGACCAAAUUAGAGGACGUAUAUAUGUUAUCCUACGAUACUGUAUUGGACUUUGAGACAGUUUCAGAAAUCAUGAAGUCUGGAUAUUCAAGAAUACCUGUCUAUGAAGGAAAUCGACAAAACAUAGUCACCAUGCUGUAUAUUAAAGAUUUAGCUUUAGUUGAUCCUGAUGAUAACACUUUGCUAAAAACUCUUUGUCAGUUUUACCAAAAUCCUUGUUAUUUUGUUUUUGAAGAUACAACAUUGGACGUACUCUUUAAACAGUUUAAAGAAGGUAUCAAAGGUCAUAUGGCAUUUGUACAUCGGGUGAAUAGUGAAGGUGAAGGAGAUCCUUUUUAUGAAACUGUUGGUAUAAUAACUCUUGAAGAUGUAAUUGAAGAAUUAAUUCAAGCUGAAAUCAUGGAUGAAACAGAUGUAUAUACGGAUAAUCGAUCUAAACAACGUAGACAACAAAGAUCAUAUAGAGCACAAGAUUUUACUGCAUUUGCUGAGCGCAGUGAAAACCAACGAAUACAUAUAUCUCCUCAACUGACAUUAGCUACAUUCCAAUUUUUAUCUUCGAGUGUUGAAGCGUUUAAAACUGAUGUUGUGUCAGAAACUAUUUUAAUGCGUCUACUUAAACAAGAUGUUAUAUUCCAUAUAAAAAUGAAAGAUAAAGAACGAUUUAAAUCAGAUCCAGCUAGUGUUAUAUACCAACAAGGGAAACCUGUAGACUAUUUUGUACUUAUACUAGAAGGUCGUGUGGAAGUUACUGUUGGUCGUGAAAAUCUUGUUUUCGAGAGUGGUCCAUUUACUUAUUUUGGAUCACAAGCCUUACAUCAAAAUAUUGGUUUAGGUGAAUCUCCUCCUGCUAAUCCAAGUGUAGGAAAUUCAACUGUCAAUAAUAUGGGCAGCAUACAAUCAGUUAACAUUGAUGCAAUGUUACGAUAUACAUUUGUACCAGAUUACACAGUACGAGCUGUAACAGAAGUGAUGUAUUUAAAAGUUAAGCGAUCUUUCUAUAUGGCAGCUAAACGAGCCACAUUAAUGGAAAGAUCUAAAAAAAUGUCCAAUGCUGGAGAGUUUGAUGAAGAAGUAGAUAAAUUAUUUCAUACUUAUGGCGAUGAAGACCGAAAAAGUAUACAAGGAUCUCCAGACAUGCCAAGAAAUGCUUCACUGACGUCUACUGCUUCAGCUGCAAUAACAGGUUCUGAUAAUACAACAGUGACCUUAAAUAAUGGUGAAGUUACUCAACCAGUAGCAGUAUCAUUUUCACGGACCCCUCAAGGAAACUCUGAUGCUUCUGUAGAAGAGAAAGCUACCUUGCUAGGAACAAAUAUUUUAUCAACUGCUUCUAAAUCGGACAAUAAUGAUAAGUCAUCAUAAGAAUACUAAAAACUAGUCUAUUUACUAGCCUUUUUGUAAAAUAUUUUUGUUGCUCCACAUUAGACAAAUAGGUUAAGAGAUGAUAUUUUUAUAUCAUAAGCAUAUUGUAGGCAACACUUUUUAAAUUAUUUUAUUAUCAUUAAUUUUAUUGUUAUUGUUUUACGUUUUAUGAUUUAUAAAAACAGUAGUUCUAGUCCUAUUUUACUGUGUUCAAGAAAAGCUUGGAAAUUAUAAGUAAUAAACUGAACUAUUAUUAAGUAAUUGUUUGACUUAAUAAUGCAUGUUAGUAGUUAUUACUUAUUAGUUGGUAUUAUACAGGGUGUUCAGUAAGUCAGGAAACGGGUUUCUAUUGUUCUCAUUGUUACAAACAAUUUGUAACAAUGAGAACAAUAGAAACCCGUUUCCUGACUUACUGAACACUCUGUAUAGUAUAAUAUUACCAAAUAUUGUAUUUACAUUGCUUACUGCUCUCUAUGCCUAAGUAUAUGAACUUUUAUGCUCAUUAAUAGUGAUAAUGUAAUUAUUAUUCAUGUAUCGAUUAUUAUACUACUUCUUGCUAACAUUUUUGUAUGAUUUUUACCAUCACGGUAUAUUAUAUAUAAUUUAACUUUAAGAUUCUAUUAAGUUAUUGUUAUUAUAUUUUUUUUUUUAUCAUUUCCUUAUAUUUGGUAAAACAUCAUAGUGACGCAAAAAAAAAUUGUUUUGUAAAAAUAUAAGUGAAUCUCUUGAAUUAUUUUGUGUCUCUUUUAUGUUGAAAUACUUAAAAAUUAUAUAUUUUAUUUUAAUUAAUUUCUAUUAUUUAUUUAUAAUAAAUUCAUAUUAAAUUUAUCUACUACAUCAAGACCAGUACUCAUGAUUUAAAAUUUUUGAAAAAUAAGUAUAUGAAAUUCUUAUUAAGUGUCUAAUAUGCUUUAUUGAUUGUCAUAUAGUUUUUCAAUGUUUCAGAGUGUAUAACAGUUAGCAGAAUUUUUUUUCUAAUAAAUUGGUUAAAUAAAACCUAAAAUUGUAGAGAAAAAAUUAUCUAUUUAACUAAUGUAUAUUGGAGUAUUACUUUAUUAAAUAAUUUUUAUACUAUAGACUAUAAUAAUUUUUGUUUAUUAUUAAAGAACCUAAGAAUUCCUAUUAGAAUCACACCUUUUAUAAAAAUAAUUUAUAUCAAUAAUACUUUAUAUGUCUUAAAUAAAAUACCCAAAUUUAACUUUCAGCAAUAAAUACAUUGUCAUUUUUUUCAUAGUUUGUAAAUUUAGUUUUAUUUAUAAGCUCAUACAUACAUACGGAAUAUAUAUAUUAUAGAUUUACCAAUAGGCUUAUAUUAAUUGUUGUUAAAUUGUAAAUAAAAUAAUCUUAAUUAUCAAUUUUAUUAUUUUAUGUAUAUUUAUACAUAUUUUUUGUAAAUUUUCCAUAUUCAUAUAUUGUAAAUUAUAGUCGCAGCCUCAAAUUGUGAAUCAAGAUCUUAUUGGUUUUCCGUAUACUUAUUAAAUCAUGUAACAACCAUUACUCCAGCUAGGUCUAAAAUUUUCACCAAGCUAAAUUACUAUUAUGUAUAAUAUGAUAUUUUUUCAAUUAAUAUAAAAAAAUAUAUUUUUUAUCUACAAAAAUCCAAAAAUUAGAAACAUAUUUCUUUAUUCAAAGUAAAUUUUGUAGUAUAAAUAUUUUUUAUUCUAUGGAUUAAUAUUAUGCAUGUUUUUUUAAUGAUACUUUUUCUGAAACACCACAUAGCCUCCUUUUAUAUUAUAUGUAUAAGAUACACGUUUAUUUGUUUUCACACAAUUCACUUAAAUUAAAUCACUAGUAUGAAUAAUAUUUGCAUAAAUGAAAAGAAUAUUAAUGAGAUUUUAUUAUAUGUAAUAAUGUAUAUUAUGAAAUAUUUAUAAAUUACUAAUAGUUUUUAAUAUUUUAAAUGAGUAUAAUGUUGUUAUUGUUUAUUUCACAAAAAUAUAAAAUAUAAUUAUAUUAGA